AGAUGCUCGCACAUGCGCACUCUGCAGCAGGAGGCUAAGCGCGACCUUUUCUUACCAGCGCAUCAGCUGUUCCGCUCGUCUAAAAUGCUUAGUAAAGUUUUGGGUUCGAAAUAUGUUUCCAUUGCCAAAUCGUGGGUUCCAACUAUGGCAGUGUGGGGCACAGCGGGAGGUGUAGCACUGAUCCACUUCACCGACUGGCGACUUAUACUGGACUAUGUUCCUUACAUCAACGGUAAAUUUAAAAAGGAUGAAUAAGAUGUGAAGGGUUUGGGGAACUGAAGUCAACUGCUUGAGGAUCUCUAUUGUGGCACCACUGCAUCACUGAAGCCGACCAUGCAGGACACCACUGGCUUCAAUACUGAUUCUUAAUUUGUCUGAAAUCUGAUGUGUAUAAUCCAGAUAAUGUAAUAAGUCUUUGUGUUAUUAUUUGUUUUUGAAGUAAAAUGUAUAAAAACUA